AUGUCACAUGCUUCUGAUGUAUAUGGCCCUUUGGUGAUCAGUGAAUUUGGACCACGUCUGAGGUGUUCAAGCUUACUUUCUUUGCUCUCUAUUCUGCAGCUGUGGCUGACAUUUGCUCCUGUGGCUGAUAAGACAGCUUCCUAUUUCCACAUUUCCCUGGAGACAGUCAACUGGCUCUCACUCGUAUACCUUCUCAUCUCGAUCCCCUUUGGACUGGUGGCAACGUGGGUCCUUGACAGCGUGGGGCUCAGAUGGGCUGUUACCCUGAGUGCAUGGCUGAAUAUGACAGGUAGCAUCAUCCGGAUGUUCAGUGUCCUGAAGUUCCUGAGUCUGGGCUCCUGGAGUUACUGGUACCUGUUUGUUGGACAAUGCCUCUGUGCACUGGCACAGCCUCUUGUCAUCUUUUCACCAACAAAACUGGCAGCACUGUGGUUUCCAGACAACCAGAGAGCAACAGCUAACAUGUUUGCAUCAAUGUCCAAUCCCUUGGGUAUUCUUAUAGCAAAUGUGCUGUCACCUGCACUAGUUCCAGAAGGAAAACACAUUCCACUGAUGCUGGGUGUUUAUGCCAUCCCAGCAGUAACAGCUUGUGUUCUAGCAACUGUUGGGAUUCACAAGAAUGCUCCUCCAACACCUCCUUCAGCCAGUGCAACUAACUCCACCUCCCAGCCAUUCCUCACAGGGCUCAAAAUGCUCGUGAAAAACAAGUCAUACCUUAUCCUGGCUGUAUGCUUUGGAGGAGGAAUUGGGAUCUUCACCUGCUUUUCAGCUCUGCUGGAACAGAUCCUCUGUGAAAAAGGAUAUUCAAAUGUAUUUGCUGGCCUGAAUGGUGCAACAUUCACCAUGUGUGGUUUGCUGGGUGCCUUCCUACUUGGACUAUAUGUCGACCGAACAAGGAGGUUUAUAGAGUCCACCAAGAUCUGUUUCUGUCUGAGUGCACUCGCUAGUAUAGUGUUUGCAGUGGCAUCUCGGUUCCGACACCAGGCCAUAACCUUGGCCAUAGCCAGCUCGCUGUUUGGGUUCUUCGGUUUUGCCAUCUAUCCCAUUGCCAUGGAGCUGGCUGUGGAGUGCUCCUACCCGGUGGGAGAGGGCACGUCUACAGGCCUGAUUUUUGUGGCAAGCCAGAUCCAAGGUGUGAUUUUAAUGAUUCUGCUGCAAGCCCUCACCGUGCGUGUUUCUGAAGACCCAUCCUCUGCCUGUGACCUUGACCAAGAUGGAGCCCUGGAUUGGACCAUCCCAACACUUCUUCUGGCUGGGCUCUGCAGUGCCAUGGCUUGCUUCUAUGUUAUCUUCUUCAACACUGACUACAAGAGACUCCAUGCUGAGAUAAACAGGGACACUUUGGUCAAUGCAAAUGAAACAGCAGCAGAAACCAUCCCUGAAGCCUGA